AUGUUGAUUGGUUCUCCGGUGAAUUUGCUGGUUUUGAAACGUGGCUUUGCAAUUCGUCACGCUGUCAGAGGUGGACCGACUGCUACUGGGCGUUAUACUAAGUUAGAGAAGAACAUACCGCAGAUCCGCAGGAAGAAGGCAUGGGAAAAGGCUGGACAGGAUAAGGAAUCGUGGUUCAAGAGGAAGUAUGCCCAUAUCCACGCGAGAGCCAAAAAUGAGGGCGUGAAAGAUCCAUUUGGAAAGAAAAAGGCUCACACUGAUAGACUAGCGAUGAUUGAAAAACGGAGUCAAGCCCAAAGGCAAGAUCAUGAGGGGAAAUUUGAGAAAAGGAGCGCAAUACAGGGCCUCAAAGUGAAUCCUUUGAUGGAAUAUGUGUAUGGGACUAACGGUGUGCUGGCCGCUUUGCAGGCCGACAAAAGAGAAUAUUAUACUAGAGUGCUGUACCAUGGGGCGCUACCGACGAGCAUCGCUAAACUGGCGGAGGCGAAGGACGUCAAGAUCGAGGAAAGCGAUAAGCAUCGGCUCAAUUUGCUCACGAAUUAUGCCGUUCACAAUAACGUCGUGCUGGAGACAAAACCGCUGCAACCGGACGAGGUCUCUCACCUGCAGCUGUGCAACCCAGAGACUGGGACGUUCCAGUACACCGAGAUGCAGUUAGAAAAUGACUACGUUUCGCGAGAGCUGCGGUAUCUGGUCAAUGAAGACAAGAAAUUCCCACUUGGCCUUUAUCUGGACGAAGUGGUCGAUCCGCAUAACAUUGGCGCCGUGAUCAGAAGCGCAUAUUUCCUGGGCGCUGAUUUUAUCGUCAUGUCGAGAAGAAAUUGUGCGCCUUUGUCACCAGUGGUAUCGAAGACCAGCAGUGGCGCGGUUGAAUUGAUACCGAUAUUUUACGCUGACAAGCCACUAACGUUUUUUAACAAGUCUCAGGAGGAAGGCGGCUGGGCUUUUGUCACCAGUUGUCUCGCCAAGUCCGAUUCCAGGAGCAAUAAGUAUACGAGGGGCAAAACACUGGAAAUGGGCGAUUUGCGUGGGAUGUGCAAGGAGCUGCCCGUCAUGCUAGUUAUCGGCAACGAGGGAAGUGGUGUACGAACGAAUAUCAAGAUGAGGAGCGAUUUCUUCGUGGAAAUUCCAUUUGGGAGGGCAGACGUGCCUGGUGUUGAGACACCGGUAGAUUCAUUGAACGUGAGUGUGGCUACAGCUCUUCUUCUAAAUACUCUGUUGAAAAGCCCGUAG